AAUAAAUGAUAGAGGAUACAAUGACUUUGCUGUCUCUGCUGGGUCGCAUCAUGCGCUACUUCUUGCUGAGACCCGAGACGCUCUUCCUGCUCUGCAUCAGCUUGGCACUGUGGAGUUACUUCUUCCACACUGACGAGGUGAAGACCAUCGUCAAGUCCAGCCGGGACGCCGUGAAGAUGGUGAAGGGCAAGGUGGCCGAGAUCAUGCAGAACGAUCGGCUUGGGGGGCUCGACGUCCUGGAGGCCGAGUUUUCCAAGACCUGGGAGUUUAAGAGCCACAACGUGGCUGUGUAUUCCAUCCAGGGCCGGAGAGACCACAUGGAGGACCGAUUUGAAGUUCUUACAGACCUAGCCAACAAGACGCACCCGUCCAUCUUCGGGAUCUUUGACGGACACGGGGGCGAGACUGCCGCUGAAUAUGUAAAAUCGAGACUCCCAGAGGCCCUUAAACAACAUCUUCAGGACUACGAGAAGGACAAAGAAAAUAGUGUUCUGUCUUACCAGACCAUCCUUGAACAGCAGAUUCUGUCAAUUGACCGAGAAAUGCUAGAAAAAUUGACUGUAUCCUAUGAUGAAGCAGGUACAACGUGUCUGAUCGCUCUCCUAUCAGAUAAGGACCUCACGGUGGCCAAUGUGGGUGACUCCAGAGGGGUCCUGUGUGACAAGGACGGAAAUGCCAUUCCUCUGUCUCAUGACCACAAGCCUUACCAACUGAAGGAGAGAAAGAGGAUAAAGAGAGCUGGUGGUUUUAUCAGUUUCAAUGGCUCCUGGAGGGUCCAGGGAAUCCUGGCCAUGUCCCGGUCUCUGGGGGAUUAUCCGCUGAAAAAUCUCAAUGUGGUCAUCCCAGACCCAGAUAUCCUGACCUUUGACCUGGACAAGCUCCAGCCCGAGUUCAUGAUCUUGGCAUCAGAUGGCCUCUGGGAUGCUUUCAGCAACGAAGAAGCCGUUCGAUUCAUCAAGGAGCGCUUGGAUGAACCUCACUUUGGGGCUAAGAGCAUAGUUUUACAGUCAUUUUACAGAGGCUGCCCUGACAAUAUAACGGUCAUGGUGGUGAAGUUCAGGAAUAGCAGCAAAACAGAAGAGCAGUGAACCCUUCCGGGUCUCGGCUGCCUUCGACUAAAGGACUCCAAACACACUGGUCUCUUUUAAUGUAGUGAAAGGCGUGGGAGUUUCAGUUAGGAUCAGCCACCUAGACGGGGAUUCCCCUCCCUGAUGGUCAUAGGUCUAUAUCCAGUAAUGAACACAGGGUGCUCUUGGCACAUAGCUGAGAGGCUGGAAAAUGGUUUCUUCAUGUGUUCCCAGUUCUUUCCUCCGAUGUUCCACAUGUAUAAAUAUAUAGCUGUAGAUUCACAUGUAUGACGCGAACGGCGUAUGUGCCAUAUAGUCUCCCCUUUGGGGUUCUUUUCAAGACCUCUUCCAGGAUUCUCCAGCCACCAGACUCUGUUCUCUCUUUGGAGCGGUGCAUGGGGCAGACCUCCAGAGCUGCGGGAGACAGGCUGCUGCGGCCGCUGUGCGUCUGGGCAGAUGGGUCGAUGCCCGCUGCUGAGAGGCAGAGCCAUCCCGAGGAGGCUUUGUCCUCCUGAGCCCAGCUUUUCUGCUCAGCGGCUGCCCAGACACAGAUUUGAAAUGGUUUAUUAUUCCGUGGCUGCUUUGGAGACAGAGGGAAGUGGGGAGGGUGAGAUCUGCCUGUACAGCAGACUUAACCUUUUCCCCUGGCUUCCUUUCUUACUGAAAUAGACCCUGGGUACAACCUGA